AUGUCUGUUGUCCUCGGUGGCGAGACGAAGAUGAAGCAUAUUCGCAAGAUGUACCCGCUAUGCAUCGCGUGUAUUCUGUGCAUCGUGUAUCUGUCAGGCUCCGGAUCGUUGGAUGGAGCUGAAGGAAAUCUUGCCUAUGAAACCAGCUUAGUGACAGGCCAGUUUCCACGGAAAGUCUGGCAGACCUGGAAAGUUGACCCACUAGCCUUUGAAGAGCGCGAUCUCUCGGUAGCUCGAACAUGGAUCCAGAAAAACCCAGGGCAUCGGUACGAGGUGCUAACAGACGGAAAUGACCUUUACUACGUUGAAACUCACUUUGGCCCAAUGGGUCUGAAUCGCCCGGACAUCGUUAAUGUGUACCGAUCGCUCACUGCAAGGAUUAUUAAAGCGGAUCUCCUUCGGUACCUUGUCAUGUACGUCGAAGGUGGUGUGUACACUGAUAUUGACGUUGAAGCUCUGCGACCAAUUGAUCGCUUCAUCCCAGACCGCUACGAUGCAAAAGAUGUCGAUCUCGUCAUUGGCGUGGAGAUCGAUGAGCCCGGAUGGUACGACCAUCCAAUUCUGGGGUCUAAAUCCCGGUCAUUCUGUCAAUGGACUUUCAUGGCCAAGCCAGGGUUGCCAGUAAUGAUGAGGUUGAUAAACGGGAUUCUCCAAUGGCUCGAAGAGAUAUCGCGCAAGCAAAAAGUGUCGAUUUCUAAUAUCCAGCUAGACUUUGAUGAGGUUAUCAGCGGGACAGGGCCUUCUGCUUUCACUGAGGCUGUUUUGGCCGAGAUGAGUGCGCGAAGUGGCCAGCAAGUGACGUGGGAGUCCUUCCACAAUCUAGCUGAGUCCAAGCUUGUGGGAGGAAUUCUAGUGCUGACAGUAGAAGCCUUCGCAGCGGGCCAGGGCCACUCGGAUUCGGGGAACCACGAUGCGCGUACAGCGCUGGUAAAGCACCACUACCACGCUUCGAUGUGGCCCAGUACACAUCCGAGGUACAAUCACCCAAUGUACGGCGAAGUCGAACGAUGCAACUGGAACAGCGAUUGUAUCCGAGCCUGGGACGAGGACGUCAAGAACUUUGAUGAACUACCCAAGGACGAGCAGAUCCGCCAGAUUGCCAUGAAAGAAGCUAGAGAGGCCGCCUACAGUGAAAUUCGUGCCAAAGAAGAAGACGAAAAGCGGAAAAAGGAAGAAGAAGCCGUAGAGCUCGCUGCGCUGGCGCCUAUAGCUCUGCAAUAA